AUGUUACUGGCAGAUAAUUUGAAGCAGGCCCUGUGUGAAGGGGGUGUAACUCAGGAAGCUCUUGAAACUCUGAUAAGUGGCCCUGACAACCUAGAUGAUCCCGUGGACUCCAGGAGCAUUCUUGGCAGCCAAUCCCCAACAGAAAUUUACAAACCCGAGUCCCACGCCCUACGCGCAAUCUUGAACGGUUCCAAUAAUGAAAAUAUCCCUUCAAGUAGCAGCAGUAAUAGCUCUCCUCAUAGUGGCACAGGGAGAUUUCAACGAUCUGCUGCCAAUGGCAACUUCCGUCAACCUAGCUUCGAAAAUGAUGUCACGUCUUUCUUAAGUGAUGAGAAAGAGGAUAUGUCAUUCUAUUGCAAUUCGCAAACUAGGCAAGACCGUCAGCAACAGGCAAACUGUACAGAGAACCGCACUAUCCUUUUAAAGGGCCUGUCUGAAAAGACGACUCAUCGUGAUAUUGUUGCUGCUGUUCGGGGUGGUGCUUUGGUUGACGUUUUUUUACGCCCCCGAGAGCGACAAGCAAGCAUCUCCUUUGCUGAGGGUAAAUCCGCCCAAGAAUUUCUAUCCUAUGCCAAACGUCAGGAUCUGUAUAUCCUGGGUAAACUGAUUGAUAUAUCUUGGAGUGAACGCCAAUUCUAUCUUCCGGGUCAUGUUGCUGGUAAGCUGGCAAAUGGAGCUUCGCGUAACUUGGUUAUCCGCUCAGUGCACCCCAACCUGACCGAAGCCAGAAUUCGGGGCGACCUGGAGCAUAUCCAUAAUCUGAUAGUAAUCGACAUCACCUUCGAGAGAGGAAAUGCAUACAUUUCGACCAACUCAGUUCACAAUGCUCUUUUUGCACGUACUUGCAUGAUGUCGCGUUUGGCUUACAAAGGCAUGAAAAUUGAAUACUAUCCCGAUGAAUGCGCUGGUCCCUUACCUAAGGUCCAGUAUGUACCAAAGAAGGUGGCACCAGCGCCUCCAGUUAGGAAGGCAGCUCCGAUGACCAACCGUUUUCAGAUGCUCAACAUGGAUGGGGAAGACGACUCUGAGGAAGAGGAUGAUCUGAUUAGCGGCACGUCCCUUGGUGGCAAUAUUAGCUGGACCAACUCUAGCAUUGCAGUCUAA